AUGGACGCCUCUCUCGUCAAAAUGCCGGAUAAUGUCCUAAACACAAUUCUGGAAAAUUUGGACUUUAGAUCAAUACUAACACUCCAAAAAGUGUGCCGAGAUCUCCGACACUUCAUUGAUGACGUCAUCCCUCCAUCUUCCAUUUCUGAAAUUUAUCUUCGAAUCAACACGAAACGAAUCUCGUUGAGAAUUGUGGAUCCGAAAUCUCUAUCUUAUGACAGGUCUACUGAAAUCAAAUAUCGAAAUCACAAAAAAGGAUGUUCCACUGUCAAAAAUAGCGGGUUGAAGAAGAAGAAACAAUUAAGAGGAAACGAGGAUUUUGUGGAUUUCUUCUGGAUUGAUUUUGAAACUAUUAUGAGACAUCAGAAGCGAAUAUUGCAGAAAUUUAGUUUGGUACUGGAACAUUAUGAAUAUAAAUUCGAAAAAAUGCAGACUCUGGGAGAAGUUUCAUCUGGGAUACUGGAAAAGCUCAAAACGUUAUUGGAAUCUAGAGCUAUCCCGCUGAAAGUCAACGAUAUCGAUUUUGGAAUAGUAGAUCAAAAUGAGAUGAUGCCAGUGCUACCGUUCAUUGAUUCAAGUACACUUGAAAGAAUAUCAAUUGGAAAUUCCAAAGGAUUAGGUUCACAAAACUUGAAAAUAGAUCAAAUUGUGAGACUGGAGCAGUGGAAACUGGCAAAAAAGGUGGAAAUCAACAACGACUUUUGGGUAUCCGAGCCAAUUAAGAGUUUUGCUAAAUUUUCGAAAGUAGAAAUUUCAAUAAAAACAAUCAAUACAGCGACGAUAAGUGUUUUAAGAGAGAUAUUCAAAACCUGCCCAACUAUGAAUCAGUUCGAAAUCUACUAUGAACCACAGGACCAAGAUCUGAGAACACUUUUCGGACACCGAUUCGAUGGAAGUUAUGAUGAUGAGGACAGAGGAGCCAGAUGGUUCUUCAGAAUUCCGGAUAAUGAGGAAGAUGUGAUUUCAGUGCAGAGCAACUUGUUUUCAUGGUUGAGGCUUACUCGGGUGAAGUAUUCGGAUCUUCCGGAGAAGCGAGAUUGA